CCCUGGGCGAUGACGUCACUACCAGGCGCCGGGCGGCACGUAGGCCAGGCCUCCGGCGAGCUUAACUGGAGGACAAAAAUGGCUAUGGCCAGCGAUUUCUACCUGCGCUACUAUGUAGGGCACAAGGGCAAGUUUGGACACGAGUUUCUGGAGUUCGAGUUUCGGCCCGACGGAAAGCUUAGAUAUGCCAACAACAGCAAUUAUAAAAAUGAUGUCAUGAUCAGAAAGGAGGCUUAUGUACACAAGAGUGUAAUGGAAGAACUGAAGAGAAUUAUUGAUGACAGUGAAAUCACAAAAGAAGAUGAUGCUUUGUGGCCUCCCCCUGACAGAGUUGGCCGACAGGAGCUUGAAAUUGUAAUUGGAGAUGAACACAUUUCUUUUACCACAUCAAAAAUAGGUUCUCUUAUCGAUGUAAAUCAGUCAAAGGAUCCUGAAGGCCUUCGAGUAUUUUACUACUUGGUACAGGACCUGAAAUGUUUAGUUUUUAGCCUUAUUGGAUUACAUUUCAAGAUUAAACCAAUCUAAAUUGUAUGUUUUUUUUUAAGCUGUUUUUAUAUUUAAUUGAGGGAUGGGUUUGUCAUUUACAAUAGUGGGAUUUUUAUAAAUGUGAAACUUGUUUUGUAUGCCGACUAAAAAUAAGAAAAUACAUAAACAGGCUUAAUGGUUAUUCUCACUUGGGUCUCAGUGGUUGGAUAGUCCUCACACAUUAAAUUCUGUAAAUAAAAGCAACUUUUGUUGAGAUUUUGCUCCAAUAAAACAUAUCAAAGCCUG